AUGAGCUCUCUAUAUCCUUCAUUGUUAGACGGUAAUAUUGGCUCUUCUAUAAGGGACGCUGUGUCAUGCUCGGUGGAGGUCGACCAGUUAUCCCAAAUCCAAAAUGUCAUCCAGGAAUUGCCGCCAUCACAUUACAGGACGCUGGAAUACCUGAGCAGACAUCUGACGCACAUCGCCUCCUUCAGCUCCACCACAAAUAUGCAUAUAAGGAACCUGGCUCUUGUCUGGGCUCCCAAUCUUUUAAGGUCCAAGGAAAUCGAGGAUUCAGGCUGUAAUGGGGAUGCGGCUUUUAUGGAAGUACGAGUCCAGCAGGUUGUCAUCGAGUUCAUCCUCAAUCAUGUGGAUCAAAUCUUCAGCUGGGGUCCCAUCUCCGCCAUUCCAUCCAGAGACUGCGAAGACCUCCUCCUGGCCAGCAAACCUGCACCUAGUGACUGUCGGAUAGUGAAGAGUAUGACCUUACCCUCCGGAUCUCUCCCCAUGAAAUUGGUCAGUUUAGAAGAAGCUCAGGCCCGCAGCUUAUCAGCCACACACCCUGCCAGGAAGGAAAGGAGAGAGAACAGCUUACCGGAGAUUGUCCCUGUCACAGGCGCUUUAUUUCAUACCGUCAUAGAUCUACCAGAGAAUAAGCGGAAACUUUCCACUAAGUCUAAAAAAUGGCGAUCCAUAUUCAACCUGGGCCGUUCUGGAACUGAAUCCAAAUCUAAGCUGAGCCGCAAUGGAAGCGUGUUUGUCAGAGGACAGAAAGAAAUGGGCGAGAAGGCCACCAUCCGGCCGGCCAAGAGUAUGGACUCCCUGUGCUCCCUCCCUACAGGUGAAGACGAUAAAUCGGGCCGUUUCAAGAGGCCGGUGGGAGCCGGUGGCUUCUUUAUUCCCGUCCUCAUGUCUCGAGCCACAGGAACAGGUAGCACGUACGACAUUAGUAAGCAGGACAGUGAAUGGGGCAGUGAAGAAGCCAUUGGUGCCACCGGAGGCUCCAACCAAGACAAAGCGACACUGAAGACUCCUCAGGUGAAACCCCCGCCGGAACAGAUGAAAGUGUUCCGUAUCGGCGAUGACCUAGAGAAUGAACAGAACUCUCCAAAAGGAAGGAAGAUGUUUUAUACUUCUAGUGAUGGACCCAAAUCCGGUUUCCCUGGCAGUCUGUUUCCUUUGGAGGCCUCACCCAGACACCAGCGUAAAGCCCUCAACAUCUCAGAACCUUUUGCUGUCUCGGUUCCCCUACGUGUCUCCGCGGUCAUCAGUGCCAAUAGUACUCCUUGUAGAGCCGGAUCCAAGGAACGCCAUCUUCUCUCCAGCCUAGAAGAGCUGCCGCUGCUGGAACCCAGUGUGGGACCCAAAUCCCCCGGUGCAGACUCAAUUACCAAAAGUGUCCAUAAAACAGGACCUCGAUCUCCAGAUGUGACCGAACCAUUGAAGAUACAUGAGCCAAGGAGGCCAUGUCUAAAAGAUCUCAGCCCAGAUUUGUUUGAAGAAGAUGAUCGAACCUUGACCCUAAAGGAAAUAUUACUGGAGAUGUCUCAGUUACCGGACAUAUUACCCAGCACUGCAGCGGAGAGGAAACCGCAUGUCAAAGACUUGGAGCCAAAGAAGCCAGAGGCGGUGAAAUCACCUGCUGAAGAGAAGACGGAAGUAGCCAACCUUGAUGAUCUGUUCUCGAAUGAUCAGGAUGAUGAUGCAUCCAUCACUCUCCUGGACCCACUUUGGUCAAAUAUCCAAGAAGAGUUAAAGAUUGUAGAGUCUGAAGAAGACCUCACUAACCAUUCAGAAAGUGUCAUGGAUCCAAAGAUAUCUCCAAUGCCUCUUACUCCAAAUGAACUUCCUGUAGAAUUAGAUGGUGUUACCAGUGGCUUUGGUGACUCUGGUCUUACUGUGGACAUUAUUUCGGAACCUGUAGAUGAUAAAGACAUAAAAACGGAAACAAAAACUCAGAAGGAUAACCCUAAUCCUUACACCAUGGAUGAACUGGAAAGUAGCAGCUUUCUACCUCAAGAGGCCCAAGAAGGCAAAAAGCAGGGACAACCAGUUAUCAAUGACCAACCAUCAAAGUUAGUGACUGCUACUGAGGACGGAAGCUCUGAAGAACUGGUUCUUGAUAAGAUGGACAAAGAUAUGUCAGAUAUAAAAGAAGAAGGAACAAGAACAGAAUGUGACAAAGAGUCACAGGUGAGUGUGGAUUUAGUAGAAGAAAAGGUCGAUGAGAGAAAUUUAAGCGAGUCUUUAGACAACUGUGAGGAUGAUCUUGAGGUGGAGAGUGGACACAACUCUGAGUUUGAAGAAUUUGGAGAAGACCACCACUGGGUAACAAGUCCACUACAUUCUCCGAAAUUAAAGAACUUUCUCGAGAAGGAAGCACCGACCAUACCACCAAAGAGAAGAGGAACCACAGGAGAACUGUACAAAAGGCCAGAGUUCACCCGUAGUUUGUCUCUGGAUAGUAAGGACACAAGGGCGAGUCAGUGGACCAUGAAAGUUGCUGAGAUAAAAGCAGAUGGGGGUUCAUAUAUAAGAUCGAGGACUGAUCAACUAUUUAACCAAAACAUGCAAAGAGAAACAAGACGUUGUCAAGGGAUAUCCAACGUUCCAGAGGUGCCAGUGAUUGGAAAUAACAGUGAUUGCUGCCUGAACAAUAUUGAGGAAAGUCCCCAUAUGGCAACUGAGGAAAAUCAAUCCUGGGAAAGGGACAGUGGGCACCAAAACAUUACAAUGCCCUUAAAUUCAUUGGAUAACUUGCCAAAUGCAGAGGAUGUACAAAGGCCGCCCGAUUGUAUUCAGGCUGAGACAACUGAGAACAGAAUUGGUAAUGACCAAGAUGUCUCAGAGAAACCAAAAACCAGACCAUCAUCUCUGAACUUAGAGGCCACAUCCACAUCAGGGGCUGCUAUUUUUACUUUUGAAAAUUCGACCCCUCCUGAUUCUACGGUGCCAAAGAGCCCACAAGUUCACCAGUCAAGUGCCAUGACAACCAUAGCCCUGUAUGACCGGUCCAAAAGCCUGAGCGAGAAGCCAACCUCAUCUGGUCAAAGUACAGACCUGGACUACAUAUCGACAAAUCAUCAUCCAAUGAGUCGGCGCAAUUCUGCUCCUGUUAGUGUCUCUGCCGUUCGGGCAUCAUUUAUGAUUAAAAUGUGUCAAGCCAAGGCAGUGCCAGUCAUACCACCAAAGGUUCAGUACACCCAGAUUCCGCAGCCCUUGCAGACAGUCAAUGCAGAGUCAGAAGCUCUGGAUCUAGAGAAUAAAGAUGUAGCGAUUGAACCUGACCCGAUGCCAAAGCAACCUAUACCAACGAUGACUGGACAGAAUGACAUUCCGAAGACCCCAAAAACUGAUGUCAAACCUGUCGAAGAAAAAGAAAACAAUGACCCGAUCACUGUAGAUACUUCCCAUCAUUCCGGCUUGAACUCUUCUACAGAGAGCAACCAUAGCAUUCCUCAAGAGGCCCCAGUAUCCGCAGUACUCCGCAGGAAGCGGACUUCAGACGGGGAAGCUGCAGGAGACACACCAUUGUCAUCCAAAAUGGAACGAUCUUCAGGACUUUCCAGGUCUUCAUUUCGGGCAAGAUCUGGAAGACCUCAAAGUCUCAUCCUGUUCAGCCCACCUUUCCCCAUAAUGGAUCACCCUUCCAUUGAUUCAAAAAUUCUUCUGAGUCCUAUUAAAAGCCCAACCCAGACAACCCAAGAGUCUGCAGCUGAAAACCAGAGAACGCCCGAUGGGGUCAUACUCAGGAAUAAAAUGACCAUCCCCAAAAACGGUCAAAGACUUGAGACAUCCACAAGUUGUUUCUACCAACCCCAACGGAGAUCUGUCAUCUUGGACAGUAGGAGUGGGAGGCAAAUCGAGUGACAUCUUCAAUGAAGGUUUUAGGUUUAACCCAGGAAGGACUUGUUUAAAUGAUCUAUGCAAAUUGGGAAAACAAAUUAUUCAUUUGUAUUAAAAAAAAAAAGGAAAAAGUUGGCCCAAAUUUUUGCUUUCCACAUAUAUAUAUUUUUUCUUUACACUUGCCUUUCUCUACAUAUUAACAAUAAUCUAUAGCUGCAGUGCAGUUCACCCGGGUGGGCUAUUAGAAUUUUGAAGAAGUUUCAAAAAGUUUCUAAAAUUUCUCGUUGUUCUCGAAAGCACUUUGGAAUAAUAUUAAAAAGAAGCCGUCCAAUAUGUAAAUUCUUCUUAACCAAAGCAAGGGAAUGAAGGGGCUUCUACUCAUCGAUCACAGCCAAGGUGAUUUUUUUUUUAACAAAAUCAAAACAAAACAAUAAAAAGGCGGAAAUGUUAUUUUUUGACAUAUUUAAAUAUAUAAAAAAUUUGAUUGAUUAUGACUUCCUUUGUAAGGAGGUUGUAUAUGAAUAUAGGGAGGAACUGUCAAAAGCCAUUGGCUUUUUGUAGGAGAAUCUUUUUGUUACAGCAGCUAUUCCGACCCUUGUUAAUACGACACAUAGUAGUAUGAGUGACGGAGUCUAUAGAGGGUUGUCCUCUUUGGGAUACAUUUUGUGCAUUACUUCCCAAGGGACCCAGUAAUAAUAGACCACAAAAACAGUCUGUUUGUGCAGCUUUUUCUUUAUAUACGUUGCUUUUUUUUUAUAUAGCCAGAAUAAAAUUGUAACAUCAAUGCUAACUACUAUAAUACUGCCCCCUAUGGCCAAAAAUAUAAAUAUCAAGUUAUUGUGCAUAAGAAGUUGUUAUAGCAUUAGCAAUUUUGUAGCAGUUGAAGUUAAAUUAACUAUAAGACUUUGUUCUCAGAAUAUAAUUACAAUUAUACUCCCCCAUGGAGAAAAAAAUAUAACUUCUAUAAUACCUCUCCCUAUGUACAAGAAUAUAACUACAAUACUCCCCCCUUCAGAGAAAAAAUCAACUACUAUAAUAUUGCCCCCCUAUCGAGAAAAUUCAUCUUCUAUAAUACUGCCCUAUGUGGACAUGAAUAUAACUACUAUAAUACUGCUCCUAUAUACAAGAAUAUAACUACUAUAAUACUGCUCCUAUGUACAAGAAUAUAACUACUAUAAUACUGCUCAUAUAUACAAGAAUAUAACUACUAUAAUUCUGUUCAUAUAUACAAGAAUAUAACUACUAUAAUACUGCUCAUAUAUACAAGAAUAUAACUACUAUAAUACUGCCCCCUAUAUACAAGAAUAUAACUACUAUAAUACUGCUCAUAUAUACAAGAAUAUAACUACUAUAAUACUGCCCCCUAUGAAUGAGAAUACAACUAUAAUACCGCCCCCUGUGUAUAAGAAUAUAGCAAUUACAAUGCUGCCACCUUAUGUACAAGAAUAUAACUACUAUAAUACUGCUCCUAUAUACAAGAAUAUAACUACAAUACUUCUCCCUUCAGAGAAAAAAAUCAACUACUAUAAUAUUGCCCCCCUAUCGAGAAAAUUCAGCAUCUAUAAUACUGCCCUAUCUGGACAUGAAUAUAACUACUAUAAUACUGCCCUAUCUGUAAAUGAAUAUAACUACUAUAAUACUGUCUCCUAUAUACAAGAAUAUAACUACUAUAAUACUGCCCCUAUGAACAAGAAUAUAAUUACUAUAAUACUGCCCCCUGGGUAUAAGAAAAUAGCAAUUACAAUACUGCCCCCUUAUGUACAAGAUUAUAACUACUAUAAUACCGCUCCUAUGUACAAGAAUAUAACUACUAUAAUACUGCCCCUAUAAACAAGAAUAUAAUUACUAUAAUACUGCCCCCUGGGUAUAAGAAAAUAGCAAUUACAAUACUGCCCCCUUAUGUACAAGAAUAUAACUACUAUAAUACUGCUCCUAUGUACAAGAAUAUAACUACUAUAAUACUGCUCCUAUAUACAAGAAUAUAACUACUAUAAUACUGACUCUUGUGGACAAAAAAAAAUGAUUAAAAAAAAAUUAGAAGACUUUUUGAGAUCUGCUAUAAAUACAUCAUAAAGCAACAAAUAUAAAGCAAAAGCUGCACAAUAACAAGCAGGAUAAUUCAAUAAAUCUUCGUCAUCUUUGCUGGGAUUCUUUUCUUAUUUUUUAUUGUCGCUUUCCCAUUAUAUACCAGUAGGUGGAGCAAUAUUUUCUGAUAACUUCUUAUGUUACAAUUUACUAGAUAUUUCCGAAGUGUAAAGCGAUUGUCAGCUCUGGGGGGGGGUUGUAUUAUACUGUAUGUACACAGGUAAGCUGUCUCUGUAUUUGUGAUUGUAUCUACGCCGCAUCCCUGAAUUGUAUAAUAAUAAUAAUAUAAAUAACAAGAAUAUAAGUAAAUAUAUAUAUGAGAGGAGGUGGAGCCGGGAGGAGGAGGAAGACGCCACAACUGGACCAGACGACUCGCAGACCGUGGUGCUAAUUUAAUUUGUAUUUUUUUUUCUCGUUCUUUACAUCUUUACAUUGACCUAAAACUGGAAUCUGUGGAUAAAGUAUUAGAAUCCUUGCAGCAGGAUAUAUAGAGGCAAACACUGAUGUCUGCGCCGCUCACCCCACCCACAGCCAUUGUCUGUGUUUUUAAGGUGAGCAGCGCCCCCUGAUGGCAAAAAUAAAUUCACUUGUGGUUUGCAAUUUUCUAUCCUGUUAUUUCAGUCCAGUUUUUGUUGCAGUUUGGU